AUGAGCGAAAUUACAGCAGCAGCUCUGAUUAUUCCGAAAUUCAACGGUGAUUUCGAAAAUUGGAUCGAAUUUCGCGAUAAGUUCGCGGAGCUGGUCGACGGCGACUCGGGCCUGUCCGGCGUACAGAAAUUUACAUUUCUGGAAUACUCGUUGACCGGUGGGCCAGCAGCGCAGCUGAUCGAUUCGCUAGAAAUCAGCGGAGCGAAUUACGCAACGCUCUGGAAAAGAGUCGGCGACGAGUACGGCGACCCGAGCGAGGCGAGACGUUAUCACGUAGCGAAACUGUUCGACUCGGAACGAUUGCGCGAGGACGAUUGCUCGGCCGGCGAUUUGCGCCGACUGAUCGACGAGUUCGCCGGUCGCGUGGCCGCGCUGAAGAGGCUGCAGGUGCCCACCGAAACCUGGGAUCCGCUGCUGGUGCAUUUGCUGAGCUCGAAGUUGCCGCCGAGGAUCGAGAAGAGAUGGAAAUUGAAGUUUUUUCUUUCGAGCAGGGCCGAGAAGCUGACGGAGAUGAUCGAGUUUUUAGAGGGCGAGUACAAGUAUUUGAAGAGAAGAGACGGCAAAAAAGAUCUGAAUCGAAGAGUCGAUGACAUGGAAGUGCAGCGUUUCGCCGCAGAAGGAGUGAACCAUUGCCCGGUAUGUUGUUACGGCAAUCAAGGUAAUUGGGACAAGUGCAAAACAUUCUGUGAAAUUUCGUGUCCAGGACGCGUCAAGUUGGUAAAUGAGCUCGAAUAUUGCCUGAAUUCUUUGGCGCCGAAGCAUCGGGAAAUUUUCGACAAGUACCGCGAAGAAAAUCACGAUCACGAGCUUCUGCGCUUGAGUAAACUGCAGCUGAAAGCCGUCGAUAUAAAAGAUAAUCGUGCGGACGGCUUUUCGAAUUUUCAAACUCAUUAUCCGCUGCGAGCUACGGUUCGGGCCUACGCGGAGGACACUGAAGGCAAGAGUCGGAGCUUUCGAGCUUUUUUGGGAACCGGAGACGAACUUAACUUGAUGAGCAAGAAGCUCUGCGAUCUAUUAGGGCAUCCGUUGCAUCCACCCUCCAAGAAAUUUUCAAAAUUGACCAAUAUCCUCGAAGAAAAGAAGAGAGCUAUAUUGGGGUAUACCGAGGUAAAGGUAAAAUCGAGAGUCGGAAAUUUCGAGUCGUCGAUGUGGUUCGUGGUCGUCGACGAGCUGGACUGUAAAGAGUACCCAGAGCCGAGCUUACGACUCGGCGACAUAAGCAUCCCGCGAGUCGUCACACUCGCGGAUCCGCACUUCGAUCGCCCCGAGCCCGUGGACGUCGUCUUCGGCGCGACCUCCUUCGGUGGUUUGCUCGAGCAAGGACACGCUGACACGGGCGAUCCCGACCAGCCGAUCUGGCAGGAGACGGUUUUCGGCUGGAUAGCGGCGGGCAACGUGCGAGUGAUCGACAACGACUCGCCGAAAAUAGAAUGGGAAUACUUGAAAAAUCCCAAGUCCUCGGAUCGUCAAGAGACAUUUUUUAAGAAAUGUAAGAGGAUACUAGAUAUCGAUAGAGGCAGAAAUGAACAAAAAAUGACGAUUUGA